GUUGUUUUACCCUCAGGAAUCUUUCUAGUAUGCUGCUACUAAGAAAGCUCUAACGACCAAAAUAGAUUUGGGAUAUAAUGUAUGUGGUUAGACUUUACUCAAAAGUGUCUCUCAUCACUAUAGUCAGCAUAUAGAUUAUCCAAUGCUUCAAAUAUGAGUUUGUCAGGAGCUCGUUAGCGCUGUAGUAGCAACUUGUUUCCGUGGCAACGACGCCUUCAGUCAGGGACAUUACCAGUGUAAAACACCAGAAGAGAAAGGAUGCGACUGAAAACAUCUCUGCUGAAGGAGCCCAAACACAGAGAGCUGGUCAGUUGUGUGGGAUGGACCAGUGCAGAUGAGCUUUACUCCUGCAGCGAUGACCACCAAAUACUCAAGUGGAACCUGCUCACCAAUGACACCAGUGUUGUGGUUAAACUCCAGGAUGAGAUUUAUCCAAUCGACCUGCACUGGUUCCCUAAGACUGUCAGCGGAAAGAAACAAGCCGUGGCGGAGAUUUUUGCCCUCACCAGCUCUGAUGGUAAACUGCACCUUGUGAGUAAAUCAGGUCGUAUAGAGAAGAGUGUGGAGGCCCAUAGAGGAGCUGUGCUCGCUGGACGCUGGAAUUAUGAUGGGACCGCUCUUAUCACAGCUGGUGAAGACGGACAACUGAAGAUCUGGUCUAAGAGUGGGAUGCUGAGGUCUACUUUAGCUCAACAAGCUACUCCUGUGUACUCUGUGGCGUGGGCUCCAGACUCUGGCCGGGUCCUUUAUACAUCAGGUCGACAGCUGGUUGUGAAGCCACUACAGCCCAACUCAAAAGUCCUGCAGUGGAAAGCUCACGAUGGAGUCAUUCUGAAGGUGGACUGGAGUGCGGUCAAUGAUCUAAUUCUGUCAGGGGGAGAAGACUGCAAAUAUAAGGUGUGGGACAGCUACGGGCGGCUCCUCUUCUCCAGUGCUCCUCAUGAUUACCCGAUCACCUCUGUGGCCUGGGCUCCUGACGGGGAGCUGUUUGCCAUGGGCUCCUUCCACACGCUCAGGCUGUGUGACAAGACUGGGUGGUCAUACUCUCUGGAGAAGCCCAGCACCGGGAGUCUCCUGAGUCUGUGCUGGUCUGCAGAUGGCACUCAGCUGGCAGGAGCCUGUGGGAACGGACACGUGCUGUUUGCUCAUAUCGUGGAGCAGCGCUGGGAGUGGAAGAACUUUGAAAUCACUCUGACCAAGAGACGCACUAUGCAGGUCAGAAACGUGCUGAAUGAUGCAGUGGAUGUCCUGGAGUUCAGAGAUCGGGUCAUCAAGGCAUCGCUGGCUCAUGGUCAUCUGGUGGUCACCACUUCUCUGCAGUGUUACGUCUACAGUGCUAAGAACUGGAAUACUCCAUUGAUCUUUGACCUGAAGGAGGGUACGGUCAGUCUCAUUGUGCAGGCGGAAAGACACUUUCUGUUGGUGGAUGGAGCGGAGGUGUAUGUGUACUCCUAUGAGGGUCGUCUGGUUUCGUCCCCCAAAAGUCCCGGCAUGAGAAUGGACAUCCUGAACUCUCAGUCCAUCUCACUGAGCAACGACACCAUCGCCAUACGGGACACCACCGAUGAACGAGUCGUCUUUCUGUUUGAGGCUCAGACAGGAAAAGCCAUUGGUGACGGCAAACCUUUGAUUCACAAGAUUGAGGUUGUGCUAAUCGCGCUGGAUCAGUGUGGCUCGUCUAAUGACAGAAGGAUUGCACUGAUUGAUAAGAAUCGUGACCUCUACCUGACCUCUGUGAGGAAACUGGGCCGAGCCCACAGCAUCUAUAAGAUCGGUUCGAUGGUGGACACGAUGGCCUGGAACGACUCUGCAAACAUCUUGUGUGGAAUCCAGGACAACCAGUUCACAGUGUGGUAUUACCCGAGUGUAGUGUUUGUGGACAAAGACCUGCUGCCCAAAACCAUCUUCACCAAGGACAGCAGUGAAUUCAGUCGUCCUCCUCAGAUGGUGAGCUAUGUGGGCAGUCAGGUGACAGUCAGACGUGUGGACGGCUCUCUAGUAUGCACUGCGGUGUCGCCGUACCCCACUUUACUGCAUGAGUACACCAGCAGCGCCCGCUGGGAGGAUGCUCUCCGCAUCUGCCGCUUCGCCAAGGAUCAGACGCUCUGGUCGUGUUUGGCUGGUUUGGCGAUGGCCAACAGGGAGCUGAGCACAGCAGAGGUGGCGUACGCAGCUAUAGGAGAGAUUGAUAAGGUGCAGUACAUCAACUUCAUUAAAGAUCUGCCGUCCAAAGACUCAUGUUUGGCUCACAUCCUGCUGUUCAGUGGACACGUGCAGGAGGCCGAGGCCACGCUCCUGCAGGCCAACCUUAUUUACCAUGCCAUCCAGAUCCACAUCAACCUCUACAACUGGGACAGGGCGCUGGAGUUAGCGGUCAAGUACAAAACCCACGUGGACACGGUGCUCGCUCACAGACACAAGUUCCUGCAGGACUUUGGCAAACAGGAGACCAACAAGAGAUUCCUGCAGUACUCUGAGGGAGUGGAGGUGGACUGGGAGAAGAUCCAGGCUAAAAUUGAAAUGGAGUUCGCUAAGGAGCGGGAAAGAGCAGCCAACUCGUCUGUCAGAAGCAGUGUGUCUGUUAGGCGAUAAACACACACUUUCUUAUCUAGUUCAGGUAAAUCCAGGCUGGACAGACACUGAUUUAUGCACACACACACUGUCAACAUGCAUCAUGUCUGGUUCUGUUUUAUUUAUCUGAUCACUUUGUAACAACGUCUUUCAGAAAAGUGUCUUUCA